AUGCUGAUCAAACUUGCCUCCCCAGCUACCCUCAACUCUCAUGUCAUGACUGUGCCUCUGCCUUCCAGCUGUGCCUCUGCCGGCACUCGCUGCUUGAUAGCUGGCUGGGGAAACACACUCAGCAGUGGAAGUGAGUAAUAACAGGAAAAAAUGGACGUGCAGUAUAAAAUAAUAAGAAGAAUAAAAAUGUUUCCUAUGAUGAUUAAUUGCUGUAUAUUGGGACAUUAGUAUUGGGUAGUAAUAUAUAUUUAUAUAUGUUUGAGUUUUAUUCAGAACUAUUGAUAAUACAAUAAAUUAGAUACACUUUUCAUUAACUACAGAGAAUAACCAACUGGUCAAGCUAGUCUGAUCCCUAAAAACUGCUAAUGGAUACACAGAUUGUUUUUUUUCUCUCUCGUAGUGCACUCAUUAUUGAGACAGAUAUAGGACAUUUUCUUAUCUCAUCAGCCAAUCCAUACAGUCUCUAUUUAAUGAAGCAUACGUAGCUCUCCAGUCAUUUAACUCAUGGAGCCACACUGUAUUUUUGACCAAUGGCUAAGAAUUGAUUAAGUUUUCAGUCUGGCUUGUAUGAUAAUAAUUACAAUGAACUAAAACUUGUUUUGUUUUAGCGAAUUACCCAGAUCUCCUGCAGUGUCUCGAUGCCCCCAUUCUGACAACAAGAGAGUGCAGCAUUUCCUACCCCGGGAAAAUCACUGGUAACAUGUUCUGUGCUGGUUUCAUUGAAGGUGGCAAAGAUGCUUGUCAGGUAAUAUUUCCAGCCAUGACUCUAAAUAUUUAACAUGUAUAUAUAGUAGUCAGUAUACGUGCAUGUAUUGAGAUAUUUUUAUACAUGUAGAUUAUUCGCGAUUAAUAUACCCACAUCUAACUGUCUCUGUCAUGUUCCUCCAGGGUGACUCUGGGGGUCCCGUGAUCUGCAAUGGUCAGCUCCAGGGUGUGGUCUCCUGGGGAUAUGGCUGUGCUCUGAGGAAUUAUCCUGGAGUCUACACCAAGGUCUGCAACUACAUCGACUGGAUACAGAACACCAUCGCUUCAAACUAA